AUGUUUCGGCUCAGAGAAGCGGGCUGCUGUGUACAGAUUGUAAAACUACGCUUGCCUUUGCGCUUCUCCAAUUUAUUUAACUUUUUGUGUACGAUGGCCUCCUCAUCCCGAGCCACUGUUGCCGCCGCUGCAGGUCUUACCCUUCUGGGCGGAGCCGCGUUUGUGUCCGCACCUACUGGACGUGCCGGAAACCUGCGAGCAACCGUCUCCGCAGCAACUCCAGCCUCUGCUCCUGUGUCUGGACCGGAGGCGAGCAGCGUCGCCAGUAUGGCAGUUGCCAGCGCAGCUGUUGCCACCUGUUUUGCCAGCCGCAAGGCCGCUGCAAAUGCUAAGCAUCAGCUGGUGGCCUUGAGUGCCUUUGAGAACGAGCUCGGUGUCCAGGCACCAGUUGGAUUUUGGGACCCCGCUGGCUUUGCGGCCGAUGGCAGCACCGAGAACUUUGCGCGUAGGCGCCAGACGGAAUUGAAGCAUGGCCGAAUCUCCAUGCUUGCUACAAUGGGAUACAUUACCCCCGAGAUCACCGGAAAAUUCCCGGGCUAUUUGAGCCCUUCCGCUGGUCUGAAGUUCGCCGACGUGCCCAAUGGCCUGGCCGCAAUUUCCAAAGUUCCUGCCGCUGGGUGGGGUCAGAUCUUGGCUUACAUGGCCUUCUGCGAGGUGUCCCAGGACCAGUCGGCGGGAACUCCUGCUGCAGCGGGUGACUUCGGAUUCAAGGUGCUCACCGCAUCCGACCCGGAGGCGAAGAAGACGAAGCUAGCGGCCGAGUUGGCGAACGGACGACUGGCGAUGAUGGCCAUCAUCGGCAUGUUUUUCCAGGAUGGUCUCACUGGCAGCGCUUGGGGUGACUGGGCCAACUACACCGCUUCGCCUUUGCGCGCCUUCGAAAACGAGCUUGGAGUGCAAGCACCGGUGGGGUUCUGGGACCCGGCAGGGUUCACGGCCGAUGGCAGCACUGAGAACUUCGCCCGACGUCGCCAGACGGAGCUGAAGCAUGGUCGCAUUUCCAUGCUUGCUACAAUGGGAUACAUUACCCCCGAGAUCACCGGAAAAUUGCCGGGCUAUUUGAGCCCUUCCGCUGGUCUGAAGUUCGCCGACGUGCCCAAUGGCCUGGCCGCAAUUUCCAAAGUUCCUGCCGCUGGGUGGGGUCAGAUCUUGGCUUACAUGGCCUUCUGCGAGGUGUCCCAGGACCAGUCGGCGGGAACUCCUGCUGCAGCGGGUGACUUCGGAUUCAAGGUGCUCACCGCAUCCGACCCGGAGGCGAAGAAGACGAAGCUAGCGGCCGAGUUGGCGAACGGACGACUGGCGAUGAUGGCCAUCAUCGGCAUGUUUUUCCAGGAUGGUCUCACUGGCAGCGCUUGGGGUGACUGGGCCAACUACACCGCUUCGCCUUUGCGCGCCUUCGAAAACGAGCUUGGAGUGCAAGCACCGGUGGGGUUCUGGGACCCGGCAGGGUUCACGGCCGAUGGCAGCACUGAGAACUUCGCCCGACGUCGCCAGACGGAGCUGAAGCAUGGUCGCAUUUCCAUGCUUGCUACAAUGGGAUACAUUACCCCCGAGAUCACCGGAAAAUUGCCGGGCUAUUUGAGCCCUUCCGCUGGUCUGAAGUUCGCCGACGUGCCCAAUGGCCUGGCCGCAAUUUCCAAAGUUCCUGCCGCUGGGUGGAGUCAGAUCUUGGCUUACAUGGCCUUCUGCGAGGUGUCCCAGGACCAGUCGGCGGGAACUCCUGCUGCGGCGGGUGACUUCGGAUUCAAGGUGCUCACCGCAUCCGACCCGGAGGCGAAGAAGACGAAGCUAGCGGCCGAGCUGGCGAACGGACGACUGGCGAUGAUGGCCAUCAUCGGCAUGUUUUUCCAGGAUGGUCUCACUGGCAGCGCUUGGGGUGACUGGGCCAACUACACCGCUUCGCCUUUGCGCGCCUUCGAAAACGAGCUUGGAGUGCAAGCGCCGGUGGGGUUCUGGGACCCGGCAGGGUUCACGGCCGAUGGCAGCACUGAGAACUUCGCCCGACGUCGCCAGACGGAGCUGAAGCAUGGUCGCAUUUCCAUGCUUGCUACAAUGGGAUACAUUACCCCCGAGAUCACCGGAAAAUUGCCGGGAUAUUUGAGCCCUUCCGCUGGUCUGAAGUUCGCCGACGUGCCCAAUGGCCUGGCCGCAAUUUCCAAAGUUCCUGCCGCUGGGUGGGGUCAGAUCUUGGCUUACAUGGCCUUCUGCGAGGUGUCCCAGGACCAGUCGGCGGGAACUCCUGCUGCAGCGGGUGACUUCGGAUUCAAGGUGCUCACCGCAUCCGACCCGGAGGCAAAGAAGACGAAGCUAGCGGCCGAGUUGGCGAACGGACGACUGGCGAUGAUGGCCAUCAUCGGCAUGUUUUUCCAGGAUGGUCUCACUGGCAGCGCUUGGGGUGACUGGGCCAACUACACCGCUUCGCCUUUGCGCGCCUUCGAAAACGAGCUUGGAGUGCAAGCACCGGUGGGGUUCUGGGACCCGGCAGGGUUCACGGCCGAUGGCAGCACUGAGAACUUCGCCCGACGUCGCCAGACGGAGCUGAAGCAUGGUCGCAUUUCCAUGCUUGCUACAAUGGGAUACAUUACCCCCGAGAUCACCGGAAAAUUGCCGGGAUAUUUGAGCCCUUCCGCUGGUCUGAAGUUCGCCGACGUGCCCAAUGGCCUGGCCGCAAUUUCCAAAGUUCCUGCCGCUGGGUGGGGUCAGAUCUUGGCUUACAUGGCCUUCUGCGAGGUGUCCCAGGACCAGUCGGCGGGAACUCCUGCUGCAGCGGGUGACUUCGGAUUCAAGGUGCUCACCGCAUCCGACCCGGAGGCGAAGAAGACGAAGCUAGCGGCCGAGUUGGCGAACGGACGACUGGCGAUGAUGGCCAUCAUCGGCAUGUUUUUCCAGGAUGGUCUCACUGGCAGCGCUUGGGGUGACUGGGCCAACUACACCGCUUCGCCUUUGCGCGCCUUCGAAAACGAGCUUGGAGUGCAAGCACCGGUGGGGUUCUGGGACCCGGCAGGGUUCACGGCCGAUGGCAGCACUGAGAACUUCGCCCGACGUCGCCAGACGGAGCUGAAGCAUGGUCGCAUUUCCAUGCUUGCUACAAUGGGAUACAUUACCCCCGAGAUCACCGGAAAAUUGCCGGGAUAUUUGAGCCCUUCCGCUGGUCUGAAGUUCGCCGACGUGCCCAAUGGCCUGGCCGCAAUUUCCAAAGUUCCUGCCGCUGGGUGGGGUCAGAUCUUGGCUUACAUGGCCUUCUGCGAGGUGUCCCAGGACCAGUCGGCGGGAACUCCUGCUGCGGCGGGUGACUUCGGAUUCAAGGUGCUCACCGCAUCCGACCCAGAGGCGAAGAAGACGAAGCUAGCGGCCGAGUUGGCGAACGGACGACUGGCCAUGAUGGCCAUCAUCGGCAUGUUUUUCCAGGAUGGACUGACUGGCAGCGCCUGGGGUGACUGGGCGAAUUACACUGCUUCGCCUUUGAGGGCAACCUUGCAGUGA